AUCGGCGGCGCCGUGCGUGCUGUUCUUCGACGAGCUCGACAGCAUCGCCAAGGCCAGGGGCGGCUCUGCUGGUGACGCGGGGGGCGCUGCUGACCGCGUCAUCAACCAGGUUCUGACUGAGAUGGACGGCAUGGGCGCCAAGAAGAACGUGUUUAUCAUCGGCGCCACGAACCGUCCCGACAUCAUCGACUCGGCCAUCCUGAGACCCGGCCGGCUUGACCAGCUCAUCUACAUCCCCCUGCCUGAUGAUAAGAGCAGGGUCCAGAUACUGAAGGCCUGCCUCAGGAAGAGUCCCAUACACAAGGUGGGUCCAGAUACUGAAGGCCUGCCUCAGGAAGAGUCCCAUGCACAAGGUAGGUCCAGAUACUGA